GCCGCUCAUUCGCUGUGCAACAGUCAACGCUUGUGGACGUGUAGUGAACGGUGUUUUCUUCGAAGAAUACGUUACGUUUCGUGAGCAUUCAACAAUAAUCGCCAACAACUAAAUUAAACUGGGCUUAAAGCAACGAACGUGUAUAUUCGAACGAGCGAGCGUGUGCUUUUUUCACAUUGCUUUCUACCGAACUUUAUUGGUUACUAGAGAAGAGAAAAAACUAAAGAAGCAAGUAAAAUAGCGACAUUUCUUAUUUCUCAUAAAGCAAAGUGUGCGAUAAACGAGAGGCUAAAGAAAAUAUUAAACGUUUGCCAAGUGUUGUUGUACAAUCAAGCUGUGAUUAAAAGCUAAGGUGAAAAUUGUCAGCAUCCGAGCGUGUAGUUGUAGUUAGAAUACAGAAAAUAAAGGGAGAGAGACACAUUAACCAACAACAAAAUAGUGUAAUUCUCGCAACGACAAUUGCACUGAGUAAAAUUAUUCGUUUUAUACCUCUUUACGUGUGUUUGCGCCAUUUGUGUGUAUUGUAAUUCGUAUGGAUGCAAAGUGAUCGCUGAAGCCAGACUCUGAAAUUCUCACCGACAGUAAUAGUAGCCGCAGCAGCAACAGUUAAAAAAAGCUACGGCAAGAAAGAAGCAGCAAGUAAGCCAAUCAGUCAGCCAGCGAGUCAAGCAACGAACGAGCAUACUUGGAAAACUUAUUUAUUCAUAAAAUAAACUGCUUAACAAUAUACUGCUCACUCAUUAGGCUAUUUUAGGGUGUGGUGUGUACAUAUUUUUUACAACAUAUUAAAAGUUUAUUAAAUUGCGUGUAGAAUUUUCGCUACGUGAAUUUAACGCUUACACUUUGUGCUUAAUAUUAAUACAAAUCCAAAUACAUACAAACAUACAUACAACUAGUUUUCACAAUGUGGUGCAUAUUGUCACAAAAAAGAUCGAAAGCUAACCACUUCGUGGCCAAUACAAUGUCGUCGUCAUUGUCAUCGUCCUCAUCAGCCACCUCGAUUGCUGCCGCCAUGAUUGUUGGCUUAUUGGCGCUAUUGGCGGGCAGUGCGCAAGCGCAACGUACUCCGACAAUUUCAUAUAUAACACAAGAACAAAUUAAGGAUAUUGGUGGCACAGUCGAAUUUGAUUGUUCGGUACAGUACGCUAGUGAUUAUCAAGUUUUGUGGUCAAAGACUGAUGUGGAUCCUGUCUUCCUAUCGACCGGCUCAACGUUGGUAAUUAAAGAUUCACGCUUCUCGCUACGUCACGAUCCCAACUCGUCCACAUAUAAAUUGCAAAUAAAGGAUAUUCAAGAGACUGAUGCCGGUACCUACACAUGUCAAGUGGUCAUAUCCGUCGUGCAUAAAGUGAGCGCCAAUGUGAAACUUUCUGUGCGUCGUCCCCCGGUCAUCUCGGACAAUUCAACACAAUCGGUGGUGGCAAGCGAAGGUAGUGAAGUGCAGAUGGAAUGCUAUGCUAGCGGUUACCCGACGCCAUCGAUUACCUGGCGCCGUGAGAAUAAUGCCAUCUUACCAACAGAUAGCGCAACCUACGUUGGCAACAUACUGAAGAUCAAGUCGGUGAAGAAAGAGGAUCGUGGCACUUACUACUGCGUCGCUGACAACGGUGUUAGCAAAGGUGAUCGUCGUAAUAUCAAUGUUGAAGUCGAAUUCGCACCCGUCAUCACUGUGCCACGACCACGUUUGGGUCAAGCACUCCAAUACGAUAUGGAUUUGGAGUGUCACAUUGAAGCCUAUCCACCACCGGCUAUUGUCUGGCUUAAAGAUGAUAUUCAACUCUCGAACAAUCAACAUUACAGUAUCUCACAUUUUGCCACCGCCGAUGAAUAUUCCGAUUCGACUUUGCGUGUGAUCACGAUCGAGAAGCGUCAAUAUGGCGAUUAUGUGUGCAAGGCAGUCAAUAAGUUGGGACAAGCUGAAGCGCGUGUUAAUCUCUUCGAAACAGUGAUUCCCGUCUGUCCACCAGCAUGCGGGCAAGCAUAUUAUGGUGGCGCUGAACAUUUGGCCGCCACAUCAUUCGUAUUUAUGACAAUGCUUGUUGCGGCGGUGUUUACGAGAUAAAUGAAUAAAUGAUUUUCAGAAAUUGUAUUAUGCAUACAUGCAUACAUAGAGACAUACAUGCAUACAUACAUAUUUAUGUAUGUAUGUAUGUAUGUAAAUAUGUAUGUGCUAAAGUUUGAACUAAGCGAAAUUAAUGUGUAUGCAGAGUGUUUUGAAGGCGAUGCAUGCUGGCGGAAUGCGUAAAAUUAAAAGUGUUUUCAAAUUGAUAAAAAAAAA